CGCUCUUUUUAUACCCGAUUCCAAAGCUCCGUGCCCUUUAGACUGUUCAUCCCGAGAAGAAGAUCUUGGAAGAUUCCGUGACUGAGAGAGGAGGAGCGAGAAGGAAUAUACCCUCAGGGAUGAAACUGGAGAUGGGAAAGCGAGCCGUCGCCACCGCCGAGGAGGACGAGGCGGAGGAGGUGGUGGUGCAGGCGGCGGCGGAGACCCGGCCGUGCUUUUACUCUUUGUUCUCCAAUGUCGGCGGCGAGGCCCCGGACGCGGCCUCUGCCGCAGCGGCGGCGGCGAUGAGGGAGGGAGGGGAGGAGCUGUUCGUGCCGCCGCUGAACUUCGCGAUGGUGGACCACGGCGUCUUCCGCUCGGGGUUUCCGGACACCGCCAAUUUCAGCUUCUUGGAGACCCUCAAACUCCGCUCCAUAUUGUGUCUUUGCCCGGAGCCCUACCCGGAGGCCAAUACGGAGUUUCUCCGGUCGCAUGGGAUUAAGCUAUUCCAGUUUGGAAUCGAUGGUUGUAAGGAACCUUUUGUCAACAUCCCAGAAGAUACAAUUCGUGAGGCUCUCAAAGUCGUCCUUGAUGUCCGAAAUCACCCACUGCUUAUUCAUUGCAAACGAGGAAAGCAUCGAACCGGUUGUGUAGUAGGAUGCUUGAGAAAACUGCAGCGUUGGUGCCUUUCUUCAAUAUUUGAUGAGUACCAGCGUUUUGCUGCUGCCAAAGCGAGGGUUUCUGAUCAGAGGUUUAUGGAGUUAUUUGACAUCUCUAGCUUAAAACAUUUAUCACCUUCAUUUUCAUGUUCUAAAAGCUCAUAGGAAGGCCAGCUGUUCUUCAUCAGGACAAAUAAUUAGUUCAGUCUCCUGGAUGAUAGAGAAUUAUGGCAUUCCAUUGGCAUAGUGGUAAGCUAGGAAAGAAUCCUCUUCUUCACGAUAAGAAUGUUGAACUGCGUACUAUUUGGAAUAAGUAGUGAUGCUAAUUGAGUUCAUUUUUGUAGUCCAUCAGUCUGGUAUGCUCAGUUCUUUUGCGACUUUUUUUUUUGGAUCCCUUGCAUAAUGAACAUUCUCCGGUUGCAAGAUGUAAAUCUCAGUCACAAUUUAUUGAUGUCAUGUUGCAGGAAUUCUGUUCAAUUUUGUCCCUCUUAUUGAUGCUGUAAUAUUUAAAAAGAUCCUUUUUCGAAUAUGUGAGGAACAGCUAUGUCUAUUUCUCAUC